AUGCUGCAGUCCUACACUGCAGCUCACCUCUGGUCAUCCAAGCUCGUGCACCAGCUGCUCGCCAGGGUAAACCUGCAGGGGUUAAACCUGCAGGUCCAUACAGCUGUCUCGUCGGUGUGUCCAUCUAAACACCAUGAUUAUCCGUGGACUGUUGGAAGCUCCAGGGGCGAAAUAGAAGCAAAGAAGGUCGUGCAUGCUACCAAUGCCUGUGCAUCCUCAACCUUGCUGGGACUGUUCGAGGCAUCUGUAGAGCCCAUUCCAUCUCACGGAAAAAAAAUCGAAGCUGAACUGUAUUCAUAUGUUGGUAGUGUUCCGGCUGAGAUGGGGAAGAUUCUAUUUCUGGCUGUGUUGUUUAUAUACUGGCAAAGCGCCCCCAGCACCAGCCUUUCACAAAGUAUGGCUAUAAUGGAAUGA